AUGGCGCCUCUUAUCUUGAAGAUCAAAGGCAACAAAUCCUUUUCUCCAUUCUCCAACCUAGCUUCCGAAGAAGAUCUCUCAAAGACAUGGCGAGUUUGUACCAAAGUCAAAGAUUCUUUAGAAAAUGGUUCUCGUUUAGAAAAUUUAUCGUGGCGACUCUGGUUUCGACAACAUGCUCUGAAUGAAAAAUCGGCUGGACCAUUCCAAAAACUAUCCAAAAAGACAACUUCUCAACUUGAUCACCUUCAAACAAAAUUGACUCCCCUGAAAGAUAACAAAAAGGUCAACAAUAAGAAAAAGUCUACUCUCUCCAACAACAACAACCUCUCAUCAGUCACCUCAUCAUAUUCUACCGAACAUCUUGAACAAACUUCAUCCAAUGCAGCCAUGAUUAUACCAGAAGAAGGAAAGUCUUACGAUAUGCCUAUGUCUCUACCUUCCAGUCCAUCUCUUUUACCGCAACAAAUGCAUUUGAAAGUUGAUCGUCAGUCUUCGACAACACCUGCUACAGAAAAUGGAGCUAUGUACGUCGCCAAUUCGUCAUCGAUGCCACCUCCACUUCCAACGGGAACAUUGGGAAUGAAAUUGAUAGCCAAUCGAGAGAACAAACAGGAUCCUACUCAACAACAGCAGCAUGUAUUUCCAGCAUCAGCACCAACUACACCUGGUCAAAAUAGCCAACAACAAAACAAUCCAUUUGACAAGUUGGUCAAUCCAACAAGUGAUGAACUCUCUACAGAGUCAAGACCUAUAUGUACCAACUGCUUUUCUGUUUCUACUCCUCUUUGGCGACGCUCACCGGAUGAUCAAUUGUUGUGCAAUGCUUGUGGACUUUAUCAAAAAUUACAUAAUGCUCCUAGACCUAAAUCUUUGAAACCUCAUAAUUCAAGAAAAGAAGCAAAGGAAGAAGAAACCAUCCAAUUGACAUGUAGCAACUGUGACACAUCGACAACUCCGUUGUGGCGACGUGAUGAUGAAGGAGCACCUCUAUGUAAUGCAUGUGGAUUAUAUUUGAAACUUCAUCAUGAAAGAAGGCCAAUCAGUAUGCGAACAAACGUGAUUAAGAAACGACAACGAUAUGAAAGUAGUACACAACAAAAAGGGCGCAAGAUUGGGAAAAAGACCAAAGGAGACUUGUCGAUCGCACCAUCAUCAUCAUCGUCUUCAUCAUCUGCACCUACGUCACCCGAAACAGCCGCAUCCGCCAUUUCACCGACAGCAAUGACCAUGGGAAAUACUACGCCAACAUCGACUGCAUCGUUGAAUAUAGUAGACGAGGAUUAUCCAAUGCUUCAACAGCAACAACAACAGCUAGUACCUCCUGAUCAAACAUCUUCGUCAUCUUCUUCUACCUAUAUAACCUCUCAACCUCCAACACCUACUAGGCACCAGUACGGUUACAUUCAUCAUCAUCAUCAUCAACAAGGACAACAGCAGACACAACAUCAUCACUAUCAACAACAACAUUAUCAACAACAUCUUCAAUAUCAACAACAACAACAUCAACAUCAUCAUCGUCAACUUCAGCAGCGGCAUUUACCGACAUUUAUGAACUGA